AUGCCCAUGAAUACAUUAGCGAAGAUAUUUUUAGCGGCUGUCCUUCUUGCCGGUUCUGCCAAUGCUCUAAACCCAGAAUGUUCAGCCCAUGAAUUAUGCCGAGGUCUUUCAGGAUUUUGUUGCCCAACCACAGAAUUUGUUUACCUGGAAUGCUGUGAGGGGUUUGGAGCAGAAUGUUCAUUGUAUCCGGCAUGUGAACGGUUAGGACUUGAGGAUUUUUGCUGCCCAACAGCGGAUGGUGAAAUGCUCGAGUGCUGUGGAGAGAAUAAUCCUGAUGGUCCAUCAUCAUGUUCUGCGUAUCAACGAUGUAAUGACGAGGGACUAACAGGAGAAUGCUGCCCGACACAAGACGGUGAAAAUUUGGAUUGUUGCGGUGGUGUGACUGAUCCCUCCGAGUCACCGUCUCUCGCACCAAGCGAACCCCCAUCUACGACAAGUGAUUGUUCCCAAUUCCCUGCUUGUGCCAUUGCAGGACUCACUGGAGAGUGCUGCAAUACAAUUGACGACGUUCGUCUCGAUUGUUGUGACGGUAUAGUUCCUUCCAAUCAGUGCGCGGAUUACCCAGCUUGUGCCACUGCAGGGCUUACUGGAGAAUGCUGUACCACAAUUGACGGCGUACGUCUUGAUUGUUGCGACGGCAUCGUUCCGUCAAAUCAAUGUGCGGACUACCCGGCAUGUGCCAUUGCAGGUCUCACUGGAGAAUGUUGUACCACAAUUGACGGCGUCCGUCUUGAUUGUUGCGAUGGUAUAGUCCCUUCGAAUCAAUGUGCGGACUAUCCGGCUUGUGCUUCUGCAGGGCUCGCUGGAGAAUGCUGUACAACGAUUGAUGGCGUACGUCUUGAUUGCUGUGAUGGCACAGUUCCGUCGAAUCAAUGUGCGGACUACCCGGCAUGUGCCAUUGCAGGUCUCACUGGAGAAUGUUGUACCACAGUUGACGGUGUCCGUCUUGAAUGUUGCGAUGGUAUUGUCCCAUCAAAUCAGUGCGCGGACUACCCGGCUUGUGUCACUGCGGGACUCACUGGAGAAUGUUGCACCACAUCUGAUGGUGAGCGUCUUGAUUGUUGCGAUGGUAUAGUUCCACCAAGUCAAUGCUCGGAUUACUCUGAAUGUGUUGCCGAAGGGCUCACAGGAGAAUGCUGCCCAACAGCUGAUGGCGACCGUCUUGAAUGCUGCGAUGGAGUUCAAAGUUUGCAAGUUGUGGAGUCAACUCAAUGUUCGGACUAUUUUACUUGUGCACUCGAAGGGCUCACUGGAGAAUGCUGCCCCGCAGCUAAUGGUGAACGUCUUGCCUGUUGCGAUGGGGUUGAAAACUUGGCACUGGCCGACGUUGUCGUGGCACCCCCACCCGUGCCUGCAGUGGCUGAUGCUGGAGCAGCUGCUCCUCCGCCCGGCACAUCGCCAUCCUCACCGUCUUCGCCGUCCUCACCAUCCUCACCGUCAUCGCCUUCAUCGCCUUCAUCACCGUCAUCGCCUUCAUCACCAUCUACCCCGGCGGCAGCAUCCUCACCAUCAUCACCGUCAUCGCCAUCCUCGCCGUCCUCGCCUUCGUCACCGUCUACUCCGGCGGCAGCAUCCUCGCCGUCCUCACCGUCCUCGCCUUCUUCACCAUCUACUCCGGCUGUUGUUGCUCGAACACCAGUAACACGGCCCACACGAAGACCAACUACAAGGCCCACCAGAAGGCCCACCAGAAGGCCUACUUCCAGACCAACACCGCGUCCUGCUCCGAGUGGCAAGGUGUCAAAUAAAAGUUCGUCCAAAUCGGGGAAGUCUACAAGUGAUAAGAGAAAGAAGAAGCGCAAUCUCGGUUCUUCAUCGCUCUCGGGGGAGACUGUAGAUGUGACGAAGGUUCAAGCUUAA